AAUAAAGCUUACUGUCUAUGGAAAUUAUGGACAGUCGCUCUUUCAAGGACGAAGUAUGCUGGUGCAGAGCAUAAGGUGGCGUGGUUGCGGGUGGACACGCAGACCAUCCUGACGAUCGCCACGCACGUCAUCACCAAGAACCACCGAAUCGGCGUCACGCACAGUGACCAGCGCACGUGGUACCUGCAGAUCCGAGAAGUGCGUGAGUCCGACCGCGGCUGGUACAUGUGCCAGAUCAACACCGACCCCAUGAAGAGCCAAGUCGGAUACCUCGAGGUCGUGGUGCCGCCGGACAUCCUGGACUACCCGACAAGUACUGACAUGGUGGUGCGCGAGGGCACCAACGUGACGCUGCGCUGCGCGGCCACCGGCUCCCCGCAGCCCACCAUCACGUGGCGGCGGGAGGGCGGCGAACCCAUCCCCAUGGCCAACGGCCAGGAGUUGACGAGCGUCGAGGGCCCCGUCUUCAACAUCACGCGCGUCAACCGGCUCCACAUGGGGGCCUACCUGUGCAUCGCCUCCAACGGCGUCCCACCCAGCGUCAGCAAGCGCAUCAUGCUCAUCGUACACUUUCCGCCGAUGAUCUGGAUCCAGAACCAGCUUGUGGGCGCGUACGAGGGCCAACAGAUGACCCUGGAGUGCCAUUCGGAGGCCUACCCCAAGUCCAUCAACUACUGGACGCGGGAGAAGGGCGAGAUCAUCGCUCAGGGAGGUAAAUACGAGCCAGUGCUGCUGGACAACGCGUACAAAGUGCACAUGAAGCUGACGAUCAAGUCCGUGGGUCCGGCAGACUUCGGCUCCUACCGGUGCGUCUCCAAGAACUCGCUGGGAGACACCGACGGCAGCAUCAAACUCUACGCUAUUCCACAACCGUCCACGGCCUACAAAUCAACGACGACGACAGAAGUUUCUUUCACCAUUCGACCACCAGAAAAAGACAAGAAGCAGAAGCCUUCGCUCCGCGAACCUGGCGGUUCUCCAACGGAUGACGCGGAGCUGCAGUACAACGAAGUAUCGCGGGCUGCGGCCGAUCCACACAGCGCGCCGCCAAAGCAGCGAGACAUGAAGGUGCGCGAGCGGCUGCGCGACGCGCCGCCCGGAGGCUCUGCGUCGACUCCCGGCGGCGCCCCGCUGCCGCCGCUGCUG